UUUCUCUUAAAAACUGCUUUAAAUCACUGUUUUUAGUCUAAUAAUUGAAAUUGAUCAUUUAAUUGAAGUAAUUAAAAUGGUACCCGAUGUGUUUUUCCUCCUUUCUCAGCACACCUUUUGUCGACGAUGUGCCUUGACUUCAGAUAAGUGCCCAGUGGAUGCAGCUAAGCUCACAGUCGUGGUGAACAACAUCGCAGUAGCAGAGCAGAUCGGCGAACUGUUCAUCCACUGUAAAUAUGGCUGCAGAUCCACAGCAAGUGGUGCAGGUGAAGCCAGCGCCUCAAAUACAACAGUGGCUGGAAAACCUGGGCCGUUUGAAGUGGACCCGCUGGGCUGCCCAUUCACUAUAAAACUGUCCACACGGAAAGAACAUGAGGUCAGUUGUGACUACAGGCCUGUCCGGUGUCCCAACAACCCCUCCUGCCCCCCACUACUUACCAUGAACCUGGAAGCUCAUCUCAAAGAGUGUGAGCACAUCAAAUGUCCCCACUCCAAAUAUGGCUGCACGUUCAUCGGUAACCAGGAUACACAUGAAACCCAUCUGGAGGUGUGUAAGUUUGAGGGGCUGAAGGAGUUUCUGCAGCAGACUGAUGACAGGUUCCAUGAGAUGCAGUUAGCACUGUCCCAGAAAGACCAAGAUAUUGCUUUCCUGCGCUCAAUGUUGGGAAAACUCUCUGAGAAAUUGGAUCAGCUGGAGAAGAACCUGGAGCUGAAGUUUGAUGUGUUAGAUGAGAACCAGAGUAAACUAAGUGAGGACCUCAUGGAAUUUCGCCGCGAUGCAUCCAUGCUUAACGAUGAGUUGUCCCACAUCAACGCCAGGCUCAACAUGGGAAUCUUGGGCUCUUACGAUCCUCAGCAGAUCUUCAAAUGUAAAGGAACAUUUGUUGGCCACCAGGGUCCCGUAUGGUGUCUGUGUGUCUACUCCACUGGAGACCUGCUCUUUUCAGGAUCCUCAGACAAGACUAUAAAGGUCUGGGACACCUGCACCACCUACAAAUGUCAAAAAACGCUUGAAGGUCAUGAUGGCAUUGUCCUGGCAUUGUGUAUCCAGGGAAACAGGCUAUACAGCGGCUCUGCAGAUUGCACAAUCAUUGUGUGGGACAUACAGACUUUGCAGAAAGUUAAUACAAUCCGUGCCCAUGACAACCCUGUGUGCACGUUGGUUUCCUCCCACAACAUGUUGUUCAGCGGUUCCCUCAAGGCCAUAAAGGUAUGGGACAUUGUGGGCACUGAACUGAAGCUGAAGAAGGAGCUUACUGGUCUGAAUCACUGGGUUAGAGCACUGGUGGCCUCUCAGAACCACCUGUACAGCGGCUCAUACCAGACCAUAAAGAACUGGGACAUUUUCAGCUUCCAAGAAUUGUGUACA